GAAACCCGGAAGUGUUGCCAGAAACAGAAACAGGGCCGAGUCUGUCUUGUGUUUAGGGCUGUGUUGCGACAUUUCACGCUCUCAUAAGGAGCAGAGCUGAAAGAGGAGACGGAACACUUCACUGGUUUGUCAUUUAGAGUCAUAAAAAUGGGUUUAAAUCGCUUUUUGUUGCAUUGUCUUGUUAUCUGCGUCACAAUGUGGAGCAGCAGCGUGGUGUUGGCCAAAUCAACCCGCAGACCAAACAUUGUUUUGAUCCUCACAGACGACCUGGACAUCGCCAUCGGGGGUCUGACUCCACUCCCCAAGACGAAAAAACUAAUUGGUGAUGCAGGGAUUUCAUUCACCAACGCAUUCGUCGCCAGCCCGCUGUGCUGCCCGAGUCGAGCCAGCAUCCUGACGGGUAAAUACCCCCACAACCACCACGUCAUCAACAACACGUUGGAGGGGAACUGCAGCAGCAAAGCCUGGCAGAAGAGCGAGGAGGCCCACACGUUCCCCGCACUGCUGAGGACGUACAGCGGCUACCAGACCUUCUUCGCUGGGAAAUACCUCAACCAGUAUGGUCACUCAGAGGCCGGUGGAGUGGAGCAUGUUCCUCCAGGCUGGAACUCCUGGGUCGGACUGGAGAAGAACUCUAAAUACUACAACUACACUCUGUCGGUGAACGGAAAGGCCGAGAACCAUGGAGCGGACUACAGCAAAGACUACCUGACAGACGUCCUGGCCAACAGGUCUCUGGACUUCCUCCAGUAUAAAUCAAACUACCAGCCGUUCUUCAUGAUGGUUUCCAUUCCGGCCCCCCACUCCCCUUGGACCGCAGCCCCUCAGUACCAGAACAGCUUCAACACCACCAAGGCUCCCAGAGACCCCAACUUCAACGUCCACGGGAAGGACAAACACUGGUUGAUCAGACAAGCUAAAACCCCCAUGACCAACUCCUCUGUUCAGUUUCUGGAUGAUGCUUUCAGGAAACGGUGGCGCACUCUGCUGUCGGUGGACGACCUGGUGGAGAAAGUAGUGAAGAGUUUGGAGGCCAGAGCUGAACUGGACAACACCUACAUCUUCUUCACCUCCGACAACGGCUACCACACAGGUCAGUUCUCUCUUCCUCUGGAUAAGAGGCAGCUCUACGAGUUCGACAUCAGAGUUCCUCUCAUGGUCAGAGGACCGAACAUCAAGCCCAACCAGACCAGCCAGAUGCUGGUGGCGAACGUCGACCUCGGUCCGACCAUGCUGGACAUCGCCGGCCACGACGUCAACAAGACGCAGAUGGACGGCAUGUCCUUCCUGCCUGUUAUGGAGGGGAAGAUGAACAGCAGCAGCUGGAGAACAGACAUCCUGGUGGAGUACGAAGGAGAAGGAAGCACCGUGUCCGACCCGGCGUGUCCUCUGCUCGGACCGGGCGUCUCUGAGUGUUUCCCAGACUGUGUGUGUGAGGACUCGUACAACAACACAUACGCGUGUGUGCGCACCGUCGCCCCCUCUGCCAACCUGCAGUACUGCGAGUUCGACGAUAAUGAGGUGUUUGUAGAAGUCUACAACGUGACGGCGGACCCCUACCAGCUGACCAACAUCGCCAAGACCAUCGACCAGGAAGUCCUGGAGAAGAUGAACCACCGGCUGAUGAUGCUGCAGUCCUGCUCCGGACAGUCAUGUCGGACACCCGGCGUCUACGAUACAAGGUAUAAAUUCGACCCUCGACAGAUGUUUACGAGCCACAGCUGGCGGCUCAGCAGACUCAGACAGAAGAUGAAGUAAGACGGGCGGAGAUGAAGGAUGGAUGAGGAAGAGGAGGAGGGCUGUGUCCUAUUUUUGUAUUUCGGGCCUUUCCUGCUGUCGUUGCCUUGUUUUCUGGCCUCCUGAGCCGAGUCUCUUUGGAUAAGGAUGAGCAAAGGGACCAGGUGGAGACCGGAGGCCCCUCAGGGUGGAGGGCCCCACCUCUGUAAAGCCUCCACGUCUGGCUGCUGUUUAGUGGGUUUGGGGAAUUAUUCAGAAUGGAUUCACACUCGAAAGCCAUUAAUUCCUGUUUUUCUUGUGAGCGUUGUUGUGAGUUUAAAAUCCUGCAAUCAAGUGACAAAUAUUCGACUUCACUAAUAUUCGUUUUUGUCAUUGUGAGAACAUCAUAUCAAUAAUCCAAACUGUGGCCAGUUCACGGAAGGUUUUUCAUUUUCUCGUCUAGAUAUUGGGUUUUUUCUGCAAUCAGAUGGUCCUCAAGAAUUUCAAUCUUAAUCAAAAAAAAAAAGAA